GAAAAAGAAACGGAAAAAGAGGAGAAAGAAAAGGAAACGGAAAAAGGUGAAAAAGAAAAGAAAAAAGAGGAGAAAGACAAAGAAAAAGACGAGAAAGAAAAGGAAAAGGAAAAAGAGGAGAAAGAAAAAGAAAAAGACGAGAAAGAAAAGGAAAAGGAAAAAGAGGAGAAAGACAAAGAAAAAGACGAGAAAGAAAAGGAAAAGGAAAAAGAGGAGAAAGAAAAAGAAAAGGAGAAAGAAAAGGAAAAACCGAAAGAGAAAGAUAAGGAAAAAGAGAAACCCAAAGAGCUGUUUGUAAUUAAUCCUGCUGGGAAUUUGUAUUACAACUGGCUGUUUUUCAUCGCAAUGCCAGUAAUGUACAACUGGACCAUGAUUAUAGCCAGGGCUUGCUUUGAGGAGUUGCAGCACGACUACAUUCUCUACUGGAUUGUUUUUGACUACACCUCUGACCUGAUCUACCUGGCUGACAUGUUCUUUAGGACCAGAACAGGCUACCUUGAGCAAGGCCUGAUGGUGAAAGAUGAGAAACUGCUUCGGGAUCGCUACAUCCAAAGCUUCCAGUUUCGUCUUGAUGUUGCCUCCAUGGUGCCUACAGAUGUGUUAUAUUUAGUCCUAGGCCUUGACUACCCAGAGAUCCGCAUCAACAAGCUGCUGAGAAUUGGACGAAUGAUGGAGUUCUUCACAAGGACAGAAACUAAAACCAACUACCCUAACAUCUUUCGCAUAGGAAACCUCAUUAUGUAUAUCCUUAUUAUCAUUCACUGGAAUGCCUGCUUCUACUUCUCUUUCUCCAAAUCUAUUGGUUUUGGUGCUGAUGAUUGGGUCUAUCCGGCUCUGGAUGAUCCAGAAGAGCCUGCAUUUGGGUUACCUAUGAGGAAGUACUCUUUCAGCCUUUACUGGUCCACACUGACCCUGACCACCAUCGGAGAAACCCCACCGCCAGCUCUCGACUCAGAAUUUUUAUUCCAUGUGGUUGACUUCUUAGUUGGGGUCUUGAUCUUUGCUACCAUUGUGGGAAACAUUGCCACCAUGAUUUCCAAUAUGAAUGCAGCCCAAGCCCAGUUUCAGGCUCGCAUAGACAAUAUCAAGCACUACAUGCAGGCUCGAAAGGUUGAUAAGGAACUUGAGUUGCGAGUUAUCAAAUGGUUUGACUACCUGUGGAAUAACGGCAAGGCACAGGAUGAGAGGGAGGUGCUCAAGUAUCUUCCGGACAAGCUAAAAGCUGAAAUAGCCAUCCAAGUCCACAUGGAUACGCUGAAGAAAGUUCGAAUUUUUGCAGAUUGUGAGGCAGGGCUGCUUAUUGAACUAGUGCUCAAACUUCGGCCACAGGUUUUUAGUCCUGGAGACUACAUCUGCAAAAAGGGUGACAUUGGCCGUGAGAUGUAUAUCAUAAAAGACGGAAAACUUGCAGUUGUUGCUGAUGAUGGUGUGACACAAUUUGUUGUGCUGGGAAGUGGCAGCUAUUUUGGCGAGAUCAGCAUCCUUAAUAUUAAAGGAAGCAAAGCAGGAAACAGACGGACAGCCAACAUUCGCAGCAUUGGAUACUCAGACCUUUUCUGCUUGUCCAAAGAUGACUUGAUGGACUCACUGUUAGAGUAUCCUGAUGCCAAAGCUCUGCUAGAGGAGAAGGGUCGGCAGAUCCUAAUGAAAGAUGGUCUGAUAGACCUGGACCCAGCCAACAUCAAGCCAGAGGUCAAAGAGCUGGAAGAUAAGGUCAGCAAAUUGUACAGCACGAUGGAGCUAAUGCAGACAAAGCUUAAGAAGAUUCUGGGAAAUUACCAGGCCACUGACAAAAGUCUGAGACACCGCAUUGCAGAUCUGGAACGAUUGACUGGAGAGGAAGUGGAAGAUGAGGAUGAGGAUGAAGAAGUGAAAAAAGAGGAGAAAGUGGAAGAAGGGGAGAAAAAAGAUGAAAAAGCAGAAGGAGAGGAGGAAGAAGAGAAAAAGGAAGGAGAAAGGGGUGAAGAGGAAGAAAAAGAUGAGGGUAAAGGUGAGGAGGAAGGCAAGGAAAAAACUGAUGAGGCAAAAGAGGAAGAAGUAAAGAGUGAAGAUGCAAAAGAGAAGACAGACAAGGAAGAGAAAGAAUAAGACUGAUUUCUAUACAUUAUUCUCUUUUCUAUAUAGCUAUUAUAGAAUUUUUAUCACAAACAAAUCUUUCUCAUUGGACUUGCUUCUUACAUGAUUUGGUGAUGAAUAUUGAAGAGAAGAAAAAUAAGUUGAGAUUUAUGCUAACCAUGUCCCCAAAAGAUAUUGCUAUUAUACAGACAAUAUAAAUUUCAAACAAUGAACCUAUGAUGCAAGUGAUCAUACUUAGAAUUGUACUUUAAAGAACUGACUAAGUAUUAAGUUCUGUUGUCCCAUUCUUUGUUGUUAUUUAUUGUUAUAUUCAUGAUUAUAUACACAGAGAGUCAAAUCUUGGGAAACCAUCAGCUGUUUCUA